CCAGCACCACUGCAACUAUACCACAGAACAAGAGCUCCAAACUCAUUGGAAGGAAAAAACUAUGGCAACCUCAAUUGUUAAAGUGACAAAAGGUCUCACUACAGCAGCAGACUGCCGAGAGGAAACCAAACUCCUGAUGCAGCCGUAUGCCAACUGGGAGGAGUACCUGACACCAGCACCAAUGUCCAUAGCCAUUUUGGCAGAGCUGAUCUUCAUCUCCUCCAAUACAGAUUUUUCUAUUCGUAAAGGGGGCCCAGAGGGAGGUUUCAAACAUGUCAAAUACCCUGACUCCUUCCGUGCCUGCCUCAUGCAAGUGUGCAAUUCUGGGUGGCGUGCAUUCAAUGAGGCACACAAGAAUAUGGACCAGAUUCGUCUCUUCACCAACAGUGUACCAAAAUACAUCAAGACGGCAGUGAGGUUACUCCUCCAGGAUGAUGACAAGCUUGUGCAGGCCAUGCUCCCAGACCAGCUGGAUAACAUUACAAACAUAGCUGAUGACUGCCUGCAACUGGCUGCGUCAACAGAGAACAAGUUCACUGAUGUCAUUGAACUCAUCCAGGAGCUCCUUGAAUGUUGCACCAGUGCAAAACAGGUGUACGGCACUGAGUUGGAGGAAGUCAGAAAGAAGAUUGAAGAAUCAAAACUAAGGAAAGCAGCUUCAGAGGAGGCCAACAAACGUGCCGACCUGGCCUUCAAGAACAUGAGCAAGCAGCUGGAGGAGGCACAGGAGAGCUUCAAAACAUCAAUGGCCUCAAUGCCCAGUGGCUGGGAAAUGAUUGGAAUGAAUUUUGUGGAAGGACUUUCAAACAGUGUUACAACUUUAUUAUCAGGGAUUACAUCCAUGAUCACUGCACCAACUGGUCUCCCUUCAUUGAUAACCAAUUUUGUGGACAAGUCUAAACAACCAAAAGGAAAGGACCCAAUCACAGAAAACAAUAUUUAUGCCAAAUCAACCCAGAUCCUGUCCUUAGUGGAUGGCCUCAAUAGCCUUUUUGAUGGAGACCAAAUCAAGUGGUCUGAAAUAAUUGAUGAGAAAACUAAGGAAGCAAAGACCAAUUGGUGUAAGGACCAGUUUGUGACAAUUUCAGAAUCAAUAAAAAAGGAAAAAGAAUGCAAGCCAAAAACUGAAGCUUUGGCAUUGUGCACCAAGGCCAUCGCUAUCUGCUCUGAACUGGAGAACCAUGCACCUAAAGCAGAGCCCAACGAUGCCAAAACAGCAGAGAUUAUAGCGCUGAUGACAACUCUGAAGAAAGAUGCUAUGGUUUUUGAUACCAAGAGCAAAUCUGCGACUAAUUGCUCACCGUUCCCCGUAACACCACCACAAAUAUCUCAAACUCAAGAAAAUAGUUCAGGCUCCAAGUCUGCAGGCCAGAUGGCCUCAGAUAAUGCCCGCUUUCGAAUAGAGCAGAGCAGAGCCCAGCUUGACAGAGUGAGGGACAUAUAUGAGACGAGUGCUGAGAACAUGGAGAAAAACAAGAAAGAGUUGCUCGAAAUUCUUGUCACCUUGAGAAAUUGUGAAGUCAAAGAGAUAGACUUCAACACGACCAUAAGAAUUCUGUCUGAGGGUCUUCGAGCGAUGGGAAAUGUGAAGGAGCAGUGGCAGAAGCUGGUGCGCUUCUUCCAGAUGGUUUCCAACCUUGUGAAGACCUGCCUGAGCAAGUCCCUGAAAGAUUUUGCCAAAACUGGUGAGAGGGCAUCCAGCACAACAUUUAAAUACUCUUCCAGAAUGUUUCUGAAAGACACGAUCUACAACCAGGCUUUCCAGGCGUCCAACAUCGUCAGCCUGGUUAAUAUGAUCGCAGGGACAUACACCGAGGUGUCUGCCAAGUAUCUGAUGGAUGGAAUUGGCAGAUUGAGCAAACUCAUGGCUUUGGAUGUCAAUAACCCAGAGUUCCUCAGUGAGCGAACAUAUAUGGAAAAUUCCUGCAAUGAUGCUGAAGAAGGAAUAAGAAAUCUUGUGAAGAAAAAUAAAGAUAACUUUGAAAGGAAGACCAUGCAAAGGCUGGAGAAAAUCGAGAGUGAGCUGAAGGCUGUGCUACCUCCAGAAUCAGAAGAGAAGAAAAAGGAAAUUCAGGAGGCAGUUGAAAUUGCAUCCAAGGAAGUUAAGGAUGAAGAUCAAUACGCUUGAAGAGUCCCUCCCAUUCGCCAGAUGGCCUACUGAAGGAAAAAAUCCACACUGCCUGUACUUUCUCUUUGCUUGGACCCUCUAUCUAAUCAAAAUGGCCUGUCUAUUAUCUAGAUCAAAUAUUGUGUCUGGAGAGGCACUACAUUUUUACAAUGGGGGAUGAGCCCUGUACAAACUAAUGCAUUUUGCUAACACAUUUAUUAUGAAAUAUGCCUGGCUAAUGAAACUGUAAGCAUUGCAAAAUCAUCAAAGUACACCUUUUGAGUAAUCCGUCAGAUUAUGUUACUAAUUCCAUGUGUUGUCAUGCAGUUUGUUAUUGGUACCAGAUAAAAAUGUCCACCCAUCCCCAACAACACACUUAAUACACAAUACACAAAAAUAACCAAUUCAUCAAACCAAUGGCACUGUAAGAGUCUGCACAGUUUUGGUCUUUUCCAAUUGUUUUGUCUUUAAAGUUUAAACCUCAUUUUCAGAUUAAGACUUGGGUUGGUGCAAAUUAUCAAGGAUCAGCAUUUAACUGGAAUGUGCUGAGACACAAUAGCGUAGCACAUGCUAGCGUAGCGCAUGCUAUUUUCAGUGUCAUACCAAUGUUCUCUUUUUACCGGUCAGUAACUCAAAGGUUCACUAUACUUUAAACUCAUUUAUGCUUAGAUGGCAAUAUAUUGAAAGACUAGUUUAAAAUUUCAGUGAGAAAACGUGAGUCGCUCGCUGAGUGAAUUGAGGCUUCAGUGUACUGUUCAAGUCCGUGCAUUGUGAUGCUUUCCUACCAGCAAUUGUAAUCAUUUAGUGUGCUCUUGAAUGGAAGUGUCAGGAACUUAUAUUAUUAAAUACAUUUUGCUUUGCCAAGUAAA